AUUGCGUUUAUAUAUUGUUAAUAUUUUAAUAACAUAGAAAUAUUAGAAACACAGAAAUUUCUUCUGCUUGAUAAAAUUGGAAUGGAACUAUAAAUUAUGGCCAAAGCAACGACCUGUAAAGAAGCUAUUCAACGAUGGGAAGAGAAAAUAGGUUUAACUGCUAGUGGACAGAAAGAAAUCAUUUUGUCUUUUCAGUGGCCUCCAAUUGAGAAAAUGGAUAAUAAUUUAGCAGCACUUACUGCUGUCGAGUCAGUUAAAUAUUUUUUAUAAAAAUAUUGUAAGCAAUAAUUUUUAUCAUUUUCUAGGAAAUUAUCUCUCUCAACAAAUAUGAUAGAGAAGAUCAGUGGUAUUAAUUCAUUAAAAAAUUUAAAAAUUCUAUCUUUGGGUCGCAACAAUAUUAAAACUUUUUCCGGAUUGGAAGCAGUUGGAGAACAUUUGGAACAAUUAUGGAUAUCAUAUAAUCAAAUAGAAAAAAUUAAAGGCGUGAAUGUAUUGAAGGCGCUGAAAGUGCUUUACAUGUCGAAUAAUUUGGUAAAAGACUGGGCAGAGUUUAAUCGUUUACAAGAAAUACCACUUCUUGAAGAUUUAUUGUUUAUUAAUAAUCCUAUUUGUGAAAAUAUGGACGUGGAAUCUUGGCGCAGUCAAGUAACUAGAAGACUUCCAAAAUUAAAGAAACUUGACGCUAUACCGGUCGUAUGACUAUUUCAUCUCUUUAUCUAUU